AUGAGCGGAACGUCGACGAAGGAGAGCAGUGAGGACAACGAAGCGGUCUGGAGACACCGAUGCUUCAAAUGUAUUCGUUGCAACGAACGAGACGACUGUAAAGUGUGUUGGCCGUGUAAAUCGGGACGGACUUGUGAUAAGCGGAGGUGCUUCUCGGCGAAGAAGUUGUAUGAGGAAUCGUUGCACCGAGUCUCCCAGGAAAACCUCAAAAUCAUAAUGGAAAAAUCGGCGGCGCGCGAAGCGGCGCUCGCCUCCACGUCAUCUGGACCUCUUCUUCUUCCGACGACAUCCGCGCCUUCAGGUCCAUCGACGUCUUCUUCAGGAGCAGGACGUCAUCAGAGACCAUCGACGUCUUCAGCGGUCCCAUCGACAUCGGCAGCACGAGAGCCCAAGAAGCGGGGACGAAAGAAGAAGAGCGAACUGUUGGCUCUACAGGAGAAGAAGAUCAACGAGAUGGACUAUGUACCGCAUCGACCAACGAGACAGCAGUCGGCCGAUUUGAGGAAGAAGCGGAAUCAGAUUACUGUCAACAGUCCAAUCGCAACCGGAACGUGCGCCUCGCCAAUGUCUCAACCCGGACUGCAUCUACGAAUCGCGCGCCGACAGCAAGUAUUGCUCAGACCCAUGUGGCCUAAUUCUCGCGAAAAUGCGUCUCGAGGAAGUGCUCCCAUUCGAGUCAAAGAAUACUACACACCCGGACCCGGGGGACCCAAGAUCAUCGAAUCCGAACUGCAAGCUCGGCAGAAGGCGGUGGAUCGAGAUUUGGAGCAGUUGAACGAGUGCGAGAAGAAUAUUAAUGCGUUUUUGGAGAAGUUACAAGUGUUCAUUGAGAAGCAGAUUCCGCUGCAGCCUCUGGCGCCGAACGAUAAGUUUGAUGAUAACUUGUAUGAAACUUGCGUCGUGUGCGGUCUCAACGAUAUUCCCGUCAGAAAAUAUGUCAAACACAUCGAGCUGUGCUGGUCUCGAAACGAAAAGCUCAUGUCAUUCGGAACAACCGAUCGGACGCACGAGAGAAUCUAUUGUGAGCAGUUGGACGUACGUGCCGGAACGUACUGUAAACGACUGAAAUCCCUGUGUCCGGAGCAUAGAAAACCGGGAAUCGAGCAUUCGUUGAAAGUGUGUGGAUAUCCAAAGAAAUGGGAGACGGGUACGGGAAUGUACGCCAAUUCGUUGUCAGAGUUGAUCGAGGCAGAGAAUCCAUUCGGCGACGAAGGAUGCCGCACAAAACGCGACCUGUGCCAUAAACACCAUAAAUGGGUCCCAUCGCUCAGCGGAUCGAUCGAACUGGAACAGGCGAAUCUGGUCGUCAAAGUGUACGAACUGUGUCAGGAGCAGAAGAAUCUAAGGACCCAGUUGGAUUGGUCCAAUAAUGCUCUCUCGAUUUUGAUGCACAAGCAGCCGAAUUUCCCGAAUCCCGAGCUCUUCCGUGAGAGUGUCGAAGAAAUGCGAUCUGCUGCAGCUAGAGCCGCCGAGGAUCCAGAAGAUCCACAGUCGAGAUCCACGUCGUCGUCAAAGACAGAUGAUGAGUUCGCAGAGACCGCCGAUUUUAUGGCAAUGUUGGCUAGGCAGAAUCGGGCGGCUGAGGAGGCGCAGAGAGCAGCUGAAGAGGAUCCAGAAGACGUUGACGAUGAGGAGGAAGAAGAGGAAGGGGGUGAGGAGCCGAUGGAACAGGACGAUGAUGUCGACGUUGGAGGAGGACCAGAAGGAGCAGCUAGGCAAGGUAAACAAGCAUCCAGUGGAGGAUCCACGUCAUCAUCCACCACGUCGUCAAGAUCUUCGACGUCGUCAACGACGUCUUCUAAUUCAUCGUCACCGAUUGAUGUGGAUUAG